AACUGAUCACUUAUCUCCAUAGACCAUAGUAUCAAUAAAUUGCUGGCUCUCGUAAGAUCAAGUCCACAUUCCUUAACUCUCUUUCAAUGGCUACUCUUGCUUCUUCAUCCUCUCUUCUCCAUUCUUCUUCAUCUUUCAACUCUUCUUCUACUUCAUCCAUCUCUCCUGUUCCACGUAUCUCUCUUCAAUUCCCUUCUUCAUCCUCUCUCUCUUCUUCUCUUUCCAUUUCUCCAUCUUUCCUUGCAUAUUCUGUAAAUUCAAGGAGCUUUUCUACAAAGUCCUAUUUCAGUGUUGUCCAGGCUAGUAGUGCAGCUGAGAAGAAGAAGGUUCUUAUUGUGAAUACCAAUAGUGGUGGUCAUGCAGUUAUUGGCUUCUAUUUUGCUAAAGAGCUUCUUGGUUCUGGUCAUGAUGUUACUGUUCUUACUGUUGGAGAUGAGAGCUCUGACAAGAUGAAGAAAACCCCUUUUAGCAGAUUCUCAGAAAUUACCAGUGCUGGUGGUCGAACAGUAUGGGGUAAUCCCGCAGAUGUUGGGAAGAUUUUAGAAGGGGAAGUAUUUGAUGCCGUUUUGGACAACAAUGGUAAAGACUUGGAUACUGUAAGGCCUGUAGCUGACUGGGCCAAGAGUUCAGGUGUCAAGCAAUUUUUGUUUAUCAGCAGCGCGGGAAUCUACAAGCCCACUGAUGAGCCUCCUCAUGUUGAAGGGGAUGCUGUGAAAGCUGAUGCUGGCCAUGUGGUAGUCGAGAAAUACAUAUCUGAGAUAUUUGGUAGUUGGGCAAGCUUCCGUCCCCAGUAUAUGAUUGGCUCUGGCAAUAACAAGGAUUGUGAGGAAUGGUUCUUUGAUCGUAUUGUUCGUGGACGACCAGUUCUAAUUCCUGGCUCUGGGAUGCAGCUGACCAAUAUAUCACAUGUCAGGGACUUAUCAUCCAUGCUUACUCUGGCUGUUCAGAAUCCAGCUGCUGCUGGCGGUCAAAUCUUCAACUGUGUUAGUGACCGUGCUGUGACAUUGGAUGGAAUGGCCAGAUUAUGCGCUAAAGCUGCAGGAUCCUCUGUUGAGAUUGUGCACUAUGACCCCAAGGCAGUGGGAGUUGAUGCCAAAAAGGCUUUUCCUUUCCGCAACAUGCACUUCUACGCGGAGCCUAGAGCUGCCAACGAGAUUCUGGGAUGGAGUGCUACAACUAACCUACCGGAAGAUUUGAAGGAGCGAUUUGAUGAGUACGUCAAGAUUGGCAGAGACAAGAAAGAGAUGAAGUUUGAACUAGACGAUAAGAUACUAGAAUCUCUAAAAGUACCAGUUGCUGCUUGAUUAGCCUCACCACACAUUUUUGCAUUCAACUUUUAAAAUUUGUGCUAUUUAUAGAGGACUAUGUGCAUGUCUGCCCAUCUUCCCUACAAGUUAUCUACAUAUUGUAAGAAAUUGGUCAAGUUCAAUAACUGAGAUAUAUGAUCUAAAUUGUUCACAGCACGUUAUGUUCAAAGUUUGUUGAAUGGGAAGCUCAGCCCCAGGAUUGCUGCUUUA